AUGCUAUCCAUCCAACCCCCCAGCACCAACGCAUCCACCACCGGCGCCAGCACCGCAAAGAAAUGCACCCCAAAUCUCCUCCCAGCCCGCAUCUCGCACGCCGGCCCGGUUCCCAACGCCGACAAAUACUGGAAAACACAAACAGAUGAGACCGGAGUGCAGCAUGCGUAUUUCCGCGGAAGACAUCUGUACGGCACGUCGGUGGCGCUGCCGGAGAACUACACUGGCGCGGUGCUGAGUGUUACAGAGAAAGAUUUGCCGGCGCCGAGGGCAGAGAGGGAUGCAGAAGACGAAGAUGAAGAGGAGGAUGAGAGGGUGGAGGUCAAGAUUGCGGAGAGGGUGGGAGAUUUUGACGAGGUUGUGAUUUGGGGACAUGGAGGGGUGGUGGAUGCGAGUGGGGAUGCGUUUACGAAGGGAGUGAACGAGUGGAUUGGUUUUGCGGAGGCUAUGCAUUGUGAGGAGGAUGAGGAAGAGGAGAAGAAGGUGGAUCGAGAGGAGAAGAGUGCUUGA